CUUUGCUCUCAAAUGAAAGUUUUAUUGUACAUUUCUGGACUCAUUGAGGCUUGGAAUAUGUUCUAAUGGCUUUUGAGCUGCGAUGUUCAGCGCACAAUGUGUAGACCACAGCGCUGAGUAUAUUCGGCGAUAAGAAAGAAAAUAAAACAGGGUGAAAAUUUGGCAACCCUUGUUUAUGACCGUAGGAAAUGACGUAAGUAGGAAUGGAAUGUCCACAUUCUACACAUGGAGGUUCUCAGGCCCAUGUCAGUCCAACUUCCUGUAAGGUCAAGAGUAAAUACUGAUGCAUACUGAUUGCUUUUGAAGUCAGCAAAUCAUGGCUGGCUUCAGACAGGAGGAUGUAGAGCUUUACUAUGAGAUGGGAGAGGAGCUAGGAAGUGGACAAUUUGCCAUUGUGCGUAAAUGUAAAGAAAAGAGUACGGGAACAGAAUAUGCUGCCAAGUUUAUCAAGAAAAGGCGGCUGUCAUCCAGCCGAAGGGGCGUGAGCCGAGAAGAAAUUGAGCGAGAGGUGAACAUCCUUCGAGAGAUCCAGCACAGCAACAUCAUCACCCUCCAUGACAUCUUUGAGAACAAAACCGAUGUGAUCCUCAUCCUGGAGCUGGUGUCUGGAGGAGAGCUGUUUGACUUCCUGGCUGAGAAGGAGUCGUUGACUGAGGAGGAGGCCACACAGUUUCUCAAGCAGAUCCUGGAUGGAGUGCACUACCUCCACUCUAAACGCAUAGCACACUUUGACUUGAAGCCUGAGAACAUAAUGCUGCUGGAUAAGAAUGUUCCUAAUCCCAGAAUCAAGUUGAUAGAUUUUGGAAUUGCACAUCAAAUUAAGGAUGGACAUGAAUUUAAAAAUAUCUUUGGAACUCCUGAAUUUGUUGCCCCGGAAAUUGUAAAUUAUGAGCCCCUCGGCCUGGAGGCAGACAUGUGGAGCAUUGGCGUUAUCACAUAUAUACUUUUGAGUGGUGCUUCUCCAUUUCUUGGUGAAACCAAACAAGAAACACUGACCAACAUUUCAGCUGUUAACUAUGACUUUGAUGAAGAGUACUUCAGCAACACAAGUGAGCUUGCCAAGGACUUCAUUCGCCGAUUGUUGGUCAAGGAUCCCAAGAAGAGAAUGACAAUUGACGACAGUCUCCAACACCCCUGGAUCAAGGUGAUUAAGAGGCGAAAUGUGCGGCCAGAGGAGAGUGAGCGCAAGCCGGAGCGUAGGCGUCUGAAGACCACCCGUCUGAAGGAGUAUACCAUCAAAUCCCACUCCAGCAUGCCUCCCAACAACACCUACAUCAACUUCGAGCGCUUCUCCCAGGUGAUGGAGGAAAUAGGCGUGGCCGAGGAUGGCCUGCGAGAGCUGGAGAAGAACCAGCGCUCGUGCAGAGAAGAUGUGGCUGCUUUGCUCUCCAUCUAUGAGGAGAAGGAAGGCUGGUACAAAGAGGAGAACGAGAGCAUCGCCUCCGAUCUGAAUCGGAUCAAACAGGAGCUGCAGAGAGCGCAAGCCCUCCGCAGACAGAGCCAAGAGGAGGCACGGGCCACCAUGCUGUCAGCCAAUGCCCUCAAACGCAAGUUUUGUCGGCUGGAGAAGCGCUAUGAAGUGCUGGCUGAGCAGAUGGUCUCUGAGGUGCGCUGGGUGGAAGAGCUGGUGCGAUCGAUUUCUGCUGAAAACGACGUUCGUACCACCGGCAUGGCAUAAGCUACUCUGUUUGCUUUCUAAAUGCAAUGACUAUAUUCUAACUUUGCUUGGUGCGUGCAGGGCAGAUGAGGUAGAGUAUUAAGCAGAAUAUUGGAGUAAGCUUCAUGCAUGUCUUUCGGUUACAUAUGUUUACUCAUGUUCCCAGAUCAAAAGAGUAAGCAAUGUAAAAACAUUUUUUAAUAUAAAGGCUGAGUUAGGGUGCGCAUGCGUUAAGAAUGAGCGAUUUGAGGGGGCCUGGGGAGCUCAGUGGUAAAGACGCUGGCUACCACCCCUGGAGUUCGCUAGUUCGAAUCCCAGGCCGUGCUGAGUGACUCCAGCCAGGUCUCCUAAGCAACCAAAUUGGCCCGGUUGCUAGGGAGGGUAGAGUCACAUGGGGUAACCUCCUCAUGAUCGCUAUAAUGUGGUUCGUUCUCGGUGGGGCGUGUGGUGAGUUAAGCGUGGUUGCCGCGGUGGAUGGCGUGAAGCCUCCACACGCGCUAUGUCUCCGUGGCAACGCACUCAACAAGCCACGUGAUAAGAUGCGCGGGUUGAUGAUCUCAGAUACGGAGGCAACUGGAAUUCGUACUCCGCCACCCGGACUGAGGCAAAUCACUACGCGACCACGAGGACUUAAAAGCACAUUGAAAAUUGGGCAUUCCAAAUUGGGAGAAAAAGGGGAAAAAUCCACACAAAAAAAUAACAAUUUGCCUGAUUAUUGCAUUAAGUGAUGCCAGGCUAUUGCACCUGAUGCCAACGUAUAGCAUUCAGUUCACCACAUUUAAAAUAAAUGCUAGAUGAGUCGAUUAAAAAAAGUUUAUGUGAUUUGAAAUUAAGAUGUGCCAGAUCUACUACUUACAGGGAAUAUUUGCCCAAAAGUGAGAGAGGUGUCAUCAUUUACUCACCCUCAUUUCAUUCCAAACCCAUAAGACUCUUUCUUGUGAGGAGUCUAGAAUGUGGAAGGGGACCAGAGACAGCUGUGGUCACCAUUCACUUUCACUGUAUGGAAAGGAGCUGCUUGAACAUUGUGCUAAAGUUCUUAUUUUGUCUUCCAAAGGGUAAGAUCAAUUGCAAAAAGCACUAAAAGCAAAGCAACAUAAAUUUACAUUGUGAAUAAUGCAAUACACAGUCCUCUAUGAGGAAUGAAAGAAUCCCCAGAUUUAUAGGCUUAUUAACAGGUUUUAUUGUUGCCAGUUGCUUAUGUUGUGCUGCACGUCUGAUGUGAAGCACCACUUUGCCUAUACAAAUGAAAUGCUAAUUUUAUGUAGAGAGACUAAGUCUUAAGAAAUUACUUAUCACAUACUAGUUCUAACUGCUUUCUUGAAUUAUCAAUACAUAUACUCUGCUUGAUUAAAAUUCAGUAAGCUGCUGCUGUGUCUAGAAAUAUGACGAUUUGAUGCUUUUCUUUUACUCAAAAGAGACACUUCAAACAUUCCAUUUUUCUUGCAUGACAUUCCAUGUGCAGAUGAAUGUCAGUAACUUGAUUACAGGAAAUAGUUGCACGCUCAUGUUGUUAAGUCAUACCAUUGCUCAUAUCUGUCAGUUUACAGAAAUGUACACUCCCAUUAUUUGUUUUAUUUACAACAGACUUGUAUAUACAUCAAAAAGGUCCAUUAAAUUAAAAGAACUGAAGAGAAAUAUAAUUGCAGUGUCUUUAUUUGG